AUGCCCAAAAGAAAGACCAAAGGGGAUGCUAAAGGAGAUAAAGGCAAGGUGAAGAUGGAGCUGCAGAAAAGAUCUGCAAGGUUAUCUGUUAAACCUGCUCCUCCAAAGGCAGAGCCCAAGCCUCAAAAGGCCCCUGCAAAGAAGGGAGAGAAGGGGAAGAAGGGGAAGAAGGGGAAAGCCGAUGCCAGUAAGGAUGCAAAUAAUCCUGCAGGAAAUGGAGCAGCCAAAACAGACCAGGCACAAAAAGCUGAAGGUGCUGGAGAUGCCAAGUGA